CAUCUCCAAAGGACUUCCUUCCAUGCCAAAAUAGUUUUGCUAUGUUCAAGCGCACUGAACUCUGGAGACACAGAAAGACUUGUAGAAAUAGGAAAGAGGAGACAGUGCGGGGUAAAAGACGGGUACAAAAAGCUUCCUCACAACUCAUCACAGGAAAUUCAAAACAUUAUUCAUAGUAUAUGAAUGUGUCUCCGGUCUCAAAGACUUAUGUGAUCCCACCAAAUUUCAUCUGGCUAUCAAAGCAGCAAGGAGGGUGUCAAAUUACAACACAGAGAAGAGUGAAUAUGGAAAGCCAUCAACAGCAGUUAAAAUAGGAUUUUCUUUAAAGGGAGCAACCGAGACAUGGAUUGGCCAUUGUUUGAUGAGUGGCGAUAUUUUAUGUUUUAACGAAGAAAGCCAAAAAAUUUAAAGAGCUACUUGAUACCUCUUGGUCAAGUUAUGUGUCGGCUAAUGCUCAUAGUACCAUGGAACAACGAAGGUGGAACAAGGAAGACUGCAUACCUUUGACAGAGGACAUUGUUUGUCUUCAGAACCAUUUGAGGAAACUCGAGAAUGAAGCAAAGGCAGAAUUGGGAAGACAUGUGACCACCACAGCCUACAAAACCUUAAGCGAGUGUCUUCUUGCACAGAUCAUUGUUUUUAAUAAGAAACGUGAAGGAGAAGCGUCGAGAUUAACGUUAGAGACAUAUCUGAAUGUGGACACUGGUGCUGUAAAUAAGGACAUUUUUGAAACCCUCUCACCUGUGGAGAAACAACUUAGCCGAAAACUUACCCGGAUUGUGACCCGUGGAAAAAGAGGAAGAAAAGUGCCAAUUCUCCUACUUGACUGCACUAAGUCAUCCAUUGAUUUUAUGAUUAAAAUGCGGAGUAAAGUUGGCAUACUUCAUGAAAACCCGUUCCUAUUUGAUAGGACUCGUACGAUGACAAAUAUUCGAGGGUGUGACUGCCUCCGGAAAUAUGCACAAGAGUGUAAGGCAAGCAAUCCAGAGCUCCUGCGGUCAACAAAGUUGAGAAAGCAUGUGGCUACGUUAUGUCAACUACUCCACCUUGACAAUCAGGAACUGGAGCAAGUUGCCCGUUUUAUGGGACAUGACAUAAGAGUCCACUGCGAUUACUAUCGUCAGACAGACAAAACUUUUCAGGUGGCCAAAAUCGGAAAGCUCCUUUUUGCGAUGGAGCAGGGAGGACAGGCACUCACAGGAAAAAGUCUGAUGACUCUGGACUCUGUGGUUUUUGAUGGAACCUCUACAAAUGCUCCUAAAAGACAUGGUGAUCAGGAGAGUGGUGGGGAUGAUGAUGAUGAUGUGGAUGAAGAUCUGUCAUGCACAUCCACCACAAACCCACCUGCUCACAGCCACAAAAGAGUCAGAACUGCUGGUGAUGAUCCUGACAUUGUGGUCAACAAUGGAAAAGACACCACAAAACCCAAGAGGGUCAAGAAGCCUGCAGAUGACGAUGAUGAUGGGUGUGGUGCUGAUGUUGAAGAAUGUGAUGAAGAUGGAGACGGAGAAGAGCAACACAUCGCAUCAACAAUAUCAGCUGUCAAGCAACGUAAGAAACAUCAUGAUGAUGAUGAUGCUCCACAAGUGUCCAGAAAGAGAGCCUGGACUGCUGAGGAGAGGACUGUGGACUGGGAAAGUUUGUUGCUCAAAGGAAG